GAACGUCCAUGGCCCUUGAGCCCACAUAAACUCACCUGACGAAGCCCAACGUUGGGUUGCAGAUAUGACGUCGUUUUGGUCUUCACUGUGCUCUCUCAGCUGAUUCCAGCUUCCUCCGACCCCUCUCCUCAGACACUUCACUUCUCUCCUUCCUUUGCCAUUUCCAAAACCUCAAUAAAGAUUCACAGAAACCUCAAAAAUUUUUGUGGGUUCUUUCAAUUAUUAGACUUUAUCCAUUAAAUUUCAUGUUUUCCUCCCCCCUUUGGUUUUUUUUUAUGUACAGUGUCUCGUUCAGCUGAAAUGAUUUAGUGCCAUCUCAAGACAUCAAGAAAGGUGUUAAAAUGGAUUUAAUGGCUAAAUGUGCAUGUGGGCAUGUUGCAGUAGACGUAUGCGAUACUGGUAGUGGUGAUAGUGAUUCUGGUGAGGGUAAUAGGAGAAGUGGUAAAGAAAAUGGGAUGAACAUAGACACCGAAAAUAAUAAUAGAAGUAAAACUGCUGGUGCUGAACCUGACACCAGAACUGAUGAUACUCGUGACGUGAGUUGGGUGGAUUUGGAUAAAGGCUUGCAUGAGCUGACUGAAAAUGACGUGUUUCACCUGAAAUUUGACUGUGAUGAAGAGGCAGGACUGUUUUAUGAGACUUAUGCCAAGCUUGUUGGGUUUAAUGUUCGAAAGGUGCAUACAAGACGUGAUGAGAAUAAUAAGGUAAGAUAUAGGGGAUGGGUUUGUUCAAGAGAAGGUUUUCGGGAGAACAGGAUAAAUAUGUGGGACAGGAAACGAGAUCCUAAACCUGUAAGCAGAAUUGGCUGUCUUGCUCACUUUCGGGUCAAAUAUGAUAAGAAAUCAGGCAAAUAUGUUGUUACGAGUUUUAUUAAAGAGCACAAUCAUGAGUUGGCACCUCCUAUAGUUGUCCCCUUUCUGCAGCCACAAAAGCGUGCACGUAGAGUAGCUGUAGAUGUUGGGUUUACUAAGAAAGAUAUAGAGCGUGAGUGGGCUAGCUCUGACAUUCGUGAUGGCGACAGUAGGUGUGUCUUAACUCACAGUGUCUUAGCUUACUUGAGUGCUAAGAACGACUAUGAUCCAGGGUUGUUUUAUAAGUAUGAUCUUGAUGAAGAAAAUCAAUUGUGUAGUAUAUUUUGGGCAGAUUCAAAGUCUAGAGCAGAUUAUGCCUUCUUUGGUGAUGUUUUGGUUUUGAACACUAAAUUUAGAAAGAAUGCUUACGAAAAACCUUUUAUUAUUCUUGCGGGUCUUAAUAAUCAUGAUCAGACAACCGUAUUUGGUUGUGCACUAUUGGGAGGCAAGACAGCUGAGACCUAUGUAUGGCUCCUUGAAACAUUCUUGGAAGCCACGAAUCACAAAGCACCUGUCUCAGUUAUUACAGAUGGUGACAAAGCUAUAGAAGAAGCAAUUCAGAAAACAUUCCCCACAUCUCAGCAUCGUAUAUGUCGCUGGCACCUAUUUAAGGAUGCUGUUUCAAGUGCUGGUGACUCAUCAUCUUUUGGGCCUGAGUUCAAGAAGUGUAUGGAGGAAAAUUGGAAUCCAGAAGAAUUUGAGGUGGCUUGGAUCAAAUUGGUGGAGAAAUAUGGACUUCAAGGCCAUCCAUGGUUUGAAGAGACUUACUCCAGGCGUACAAAAUGGGCAGAGGCUUACUUACGGGAGCAUUUCUUUGCUGGUCUGACCAGUAUUCGAGGCCAUGGAAUGAACACAUAUUUCACCCGGUUCCUGCAAGUUUGGCACAAGCUUCAUGAAUUUGUGAGGCACUAUGACAAGGCUCUUGUUUGUCUUCGUGAAGAUGAGGCAAAAGCAGAUUCUGAGUCAGAAAGCGCGUAUGCUGCUUUUUGUACAAUUUUGAGGGAUUUAGAGAGGCAUGCUGCUGAUGUCUUCACAAGAAGUAUGUUUCUCAAAGUUCGUGAACAGAUAAUGGGCGAUGCCAUGCUAAUUUUGAGUGGAAAAGAGUACCUCAAAGAUGAUGCCUGUUGGCUUUAUAAAUUUUCUGAAUAUAUGAAACCUGACGCGAUAUGGAAGGUUCGAUAUGAUCCAAGCAAUCAAAGCUUGAAAUGUUCCUGUUUCAAGUUAGUCACAGAUGGAGUGCCUUGCUGUCAUAUGGUUUCUGUGAUGAAAGCUGAACAUCUGAGAGAAUUUCCUAGAUGUUGCAUUCACAAAAGGUGGACCAAAUGUGCAAGGAGUGAAAUAGAUUCUGGGAUCGAUAUUCAAGCCUUAAAUAUGGCCACUCAAGUUGCACGUUUUCGAAUUUUAAAUUCUACCUGUAGUGAGAUGAAUUAUUAUGCUUCUCAGACAAUUCAAGGUUUUAAUGAAACACGGAGUCUCAUUUCUAAGAUCACGUCUCGUGUGAAGCAUAUUUACAAUUCAAAGGGUGAAGUGGACGAAACAGCACCAGAAGUCAGCCUGGAUGCUGAUGGCUCAACCACAAGGUCUGGUAUGCAUGAUCCCAAAUCAACAAACUCCAGUGGGCAAUGUGACGCUACUGCAGUGGAAACACCUCAACCUGACGAUUGCAGCCAGCGCAGUCAUGAUCAGACUACAUCCCAGCAGCUGCGUCUAAAUCAUGGCUUGCAAACAUCUGAAGGUACUGGUACAACAGAUGAUGGUGAGGGACGCACACAGAAUGGAGAAUUUUCUGGAGCGCCAAGCCAGCCCAUAAACUUGAUUUGGGAAGACAAUGAUUAGAUUCAUCCGAACGCCUAUCUGGUAGGUCUUAUCCCCUUUUAAGUUCUACAUUUUUGACAUAGCAGAUUUGUCCCUGUCUCAGAAAGUUAUAUUGUAAGACCCCUUUUACUCGUAUCAGUAGAUUGAACGAGUUAACAUACUGUGGAGAGAAAAUGAAUUUUGAUUGAAGGGUAAAUAUACAGAGUCCUACUUCAAUAGAACUAUUGGUUAAAUAGGUCAUGUUAUGCAUGGCUUCAAAUUUAAGGUAGUUAAUUUUAUUUAUCCCUGCAGGUAUAUUGCUGAUUUAGUUACUGAUUGGUCACAGUAUCUAGAGAGUGACUAUGAAUUUGGGGACAAAGGAGCUAAAUGUUGGUUAGAAAUAUUGAGGGGUAAAUUAAUAGUGGGUAUAAGUUUGGGAGGAUCAAUUGUAACAGCCCUCCAUAGACAGAUGUCAAUGUUUAGAUUCACUCUAUGAUGUUCUAUUCACCCAAUCAUGGUAUGUUUAGACUAUUAAUUUCUGGUUAUUGGCCAUAGCAAAGAAUUUAUUGAUGGAUUUUGCUAGUGGGACAUUUUUAAGUCUUUGGAGCAAGGUAAUACUCCAAUAUAAGUUUGACAGCUCUUAAUCUAAUAAUACCCCUCAGACUAGAUAUGUUACUGUUCACAUUGAACCUACGAUGAUUUUUUCAACUAAUUAUAAGAAGUGAAAAUUAUUUGGGGCCUCACUAUUGUCGCAUUCAAAAAUUUUGUAGACUGAUUGUGUUUAUAAUGCUUCCCAAUUUUGCCCAGGGAACUAACUCCACCAAUCUGCAAAUUGUAUUUGACUUAAUUUUUCUGAUGCAUUCUUUGGAGCUCCUUUUCAUUAAAGUGUAGCUCGUGUACUUCUAUGACAUACUUAUGUUUUAGGACCGAGGAUUUCUUAUUUUUCUCAACUUAUGUUGUUGGAAAUGUGAAUAAGAUUGCAUGUUUAGGAGACACAUUUAUGAUUCCCCAGCUGUGCUUUGUCAGAAAGGAAGCUCCAGCCCUCAUAACAAAUUUCAGUAUUCUUUAAUCUUGUUCAUUCUCUUAAUCUGUUCCUGUUCCCAGUAAAAUGUUCUUAAGUAGAUAUUUAUCUAAAGCAAGAGCUUUUUCCUUUAUUUUUUAUUUAUUUCUCUCUCUUUUGCGCAUGUGUGUGUGUGUGUGUUUAAAAGUCCUUUUCUUCAAAAUUCGGAAGAUCUCUUGUUCUUUCAUUUUGUAAGUAUCUUCUCUACCCUCAUGCAGAAAUUCUACCAUUUCCCAUAGUUGACCAAACUACAAAAUUUUAAAAACAAAAACUUUCAUAUGUUAAAGAUCACCUGCUCUACAGUGCCAUAUGUAACAAGCAAAAAUGUUUUUUUUUGCAUCACUGUGUUGAACUACAGUUGUGGAUCGGUCCAUAAUAAAAUAUUGAAGCUUCACAGAAUAUUACCAUUGUUUUUGUAACUUUAGUCUGAGACACAGUAUGUUUACUGUAGAUUUUGAAAAAAAAUAUACUACUAAAAUUGACUGUUAAAAAAUAAAAAAAUUGACUGUAAAAUACAAAUUCAAGUUGGAAUAGUGACUCAGUACUUCCAAACAGAUUAGGUUCUUGCAAAAUUGGUUUUUAGCUUUGGCUCAAAACAAGAGGAUGUGUUGGAAAAAUCUCUUCAGACAUCAUGGAUGUAUGAUAUAUUGAAAAAUACAUUAUGCAUUGACUGGAUUGCCACUAACUUGGGAAUUAGAUAUUAUGUGGAAUGGAUUUUGGCUUGCUUUUCUUGAUUGUGGGUUGUAACACUUUAGGCUGAUUGUUCGACUUUGUAACAAAGUAUGGUGUCAGUUUAAAAUGCAAGAACUAGUGUAAGUGAAAUGUUUGGGGUAGCAUUCUAAGAGUAAUUAGUCACUAAAUCUUUUUCCAGCCAAUGACCAAGAGGUUUAAGCCGGGGGCUAGACUACACACCUGAUGAAUAGGUGUACAAGUAUUAGAGGAGUUGAACUGGAUUCGACUUUAUCCACCCUGUCGGCCUCCUUUCUUCUAUCAAAGGAAGGAAGGCAGAAGUUGGAAGAAGUUGCUUUUGGUUCCCGCAGCUUUGCACAUAUUUCGUCUCUGCUAUGCUGUAAAUUUGUAGUUCGACAUGACAUGCAGGUUCCCUUUUUUCCUUAGGUGCUCUGUCAGGCAAAAUGGUUAUGUUCUAACUGUAACAAUCGCAGCUACGCUUGUAUUGUGCUAAAUUAGUCAAAAUGCAACUUGUGUUAAUUUUGUUCUCUAACUUUAUUAUCCCUUGGAAGAAAAAGAAAAGCAACCAACUUAAAAUGAUCU